AUGCCAAUUGCUGUUCCGCAAAUCUUCAAAUACGAUUACGUCCCCGAGACCAAGGAGAACUUGGAUUGGGCUGAUUUACCCACAAUCGAUUUAUCCAAAUUCGAUGAUCCUGAAGGAAGGAAAGAACUUGCUCAAACUCUCAUUGAAGCGAUUAGGACCAAAGGCUUUUUCUACGUUGUGAAUUAUGGUAUUGAACAAUCAAAAGUAGAUAGACAAUUCGCAUUAGGAGCUAAAUUUUAUGAUUUACCUUUGGAAGAAAAAUCUAAAUACAUACCAGAUUUAGAAAAUGGUGAAUAUAACGGAUACAGGCCUGCUGGAAGAGCUGUAUUAGGUGGUGGCGUCAAAGAUCAAACUGAAGUUUAUAAUAUUCCAAAAUUCGAUGGAUAUCAUCCUAGAGAUCAUCCUGAUGUCAUCAAAGAGAACAUUGGUGAAAUCGAACAAUUCGCAAAGUCAUUACACACCAAUGUACUUGACCCAUUACAUACAUUAAUAGCAAUUGCGCUCGAACUUCCCGAAGAUUUCUUUACGAAUUUACAUAAAUAUGAAAAUCCAUCAGAAGAUCAUUUAAGAUAUAUGAUGUAUCGACAUUUCACUCGUGAACAAUUAAAUCAAUUGAAAGAUGGUUUAUAUUCCUUAGGUCAUACUGAUCUGGGUACAUUGACUUUAUUAUUCAGACAGCCUGUUGCUGCUUUACAGAUUAAAGAUCAUAAAACUGGUGAUUGGAAAUGGGCAAAACCCUUGAAUGGUUCUUUGACUGUUAAUACUUGUGAUGCUUUGAGUUUCUUAACCGCUGGUUAUAUCAAAUCUACUGUUCAUAGAGUGUCAGUCCCACCUGCCGAUCAAAAUCAAUACGACAGGUUGGGUCUCUUAUAUUUCGCUAGACCUUCUAACGAUUUACAAUUGAACACAAUCAAAUCACCUUUAUUACAAAGAGAAGGAUUCACAAAGAAUGAGUUCGAAGAAUUGGGUCACAAACCGCCUACUAUGGGCGAAUUCGUUACUCUCAAACAAACUUGGCAGCAGAAGAAAAGAGCUGCUUAUAGAGAAAGAGAAGAUGAAGAAAUCGCUCCCGGUUUCAAGGGUAAAUACCAUGAUUAG